AUGGGCGUGCCCAAGGAAAAGGGCCUACCAGAACGAGAGACUGACACGCGACAACUCGCGCAGCCGGAAACAACCGCUUUGCGAGUACACAUGNUCGCGGGCACGGCGCACGGCAGCAGGACGGACUGCGACGACAGCACCGUGCUGUGCACCAGUGGGGUGACCGCGUGGAGACGACGCACGUGGCGAAGAGUCGUACUGCAACCAGCAAGAUGGGUAAUACCCCCGUGACGACCCGGAAGGGCCAAUCCCAGGAGAUUCGGUAGGCAAGGGAGAAGAGAGACGGGCAAUGGGCGUGCCCAAGGAAAAGGGCCUACCAGAACGAGAGACUGACACGCGACAACUCGCGCAGCCGGAAACAACCGCUUUGCGAGUACACAUGGCCAUGACGCAGACGCGAAAGACUACAGCGGUACUUCAAACCAAAAGCCAACAACGACCAACAACGCAAUGGAUCUCGCACCCAGGGAAGAAACAAGCGCCGAGGACGCCAAUGUGAUACUUGGUAUUCGGGCUCU